UCCAAUCGGAACACCCAACGGCGGACCAGUUGGCGGACCGGCGCGCCUCGCGGUAGUCGCGGCAACUCAAAUGUGGUUCGACACUUGCACGUGGGACUUAGUCGGUGUCGGUUGCGUGUGCGCGCGCGCUUGCGAACGCAAGAAAAGGCACCGUUCACCAGCACGUAAGCGCGCGUUGUGACUCGUCUCGUCGAACACGAGCCACCCUCGAGGACGACGCGCGGGAGAAGACGACGGUGUGUCCGCGGUAUUCCUCCGCGUGUAUCUACCGAGUCGGACAGUCGGGACAGCCGUUGGCCAUCGUUGUCGUCGUCGUGGUCGUCGUCUAGCGAGUAGCAGUGAAUCGUGCCCGAGAUACACACACGGAUAUCUCACAUAAGGUCCCACUCCGUUCCGUUGUUUCCGAGGGACCCGCACGCAGCUUCAGUGGUGUAUUACUGAUUGUGUACCUCUCGUCAUUGUGGGAUUAUCACGGUCGACGGGCUCGGCGCGGCGGACGAACGCGCACGCACGCACACACCGCGCGGCAAAAGCGAAUUAACGUGUGUGCAUCCUGUUUAAAUGCUGCACUGCCUGCGGCGUAAUUAACGUUGACCGAGGUACCAAAGAAAGUUUCAAGAUUGAGCAGGUCGUUCUUCCACCUGGCGGUGACCUCGCCAAAAUUUUGAGAAUGCUGAUGCCGAGUGCAGCGGGUCUUAGUGCCGUUGGUGCCGUGGGCGCAGUAGGGGCCCCAGGACCCGACGACCUCGUGCAAGGACUAGGGGCCUUAGCAGGAACCACACCGCAACAAAAGGAUACGACUUUCACGAAACUUUUCGUCGGUGGUUUACCUUAUCACACUACUGAUAAAAGUCUCAGGGAGCAUUUCAACAUUUAUGGGGAAAUCGAGGAGGCAGUCGUCAUCACGGACAGGCAGACCGGCAAAAGCAGGGGUUAUGGUUUCGUGAUUAUGGGAGACAAACCAGCAGCGGAGAGAGCAUGCAAAGACCCCAACCCCAUCAUCGACGGGCGAAAAGCAAACGUCAACUUGGCCAUUCUUGGAGCUAAGCCCAGGGGUAAUUUGCAAGCGACAUUCCCGUUCACUGCAGGUAUCCGGGCUGGAUAUCCAGCAGUCCUUCCUGGGCAAUAUGGAGUACCACCGGGUUACGUGUACCAGUCGCCGUACCUGGCGGCCGCGGCGCCAGGUGGCCUGGUGCCGCUUCCGGCGACGCAGUUAGGCCAUGCAGCCGCCGUCGCGGCGUCGCAGUUCUACGAGUACCAGAACGCGGCAGCAGCGGCCGCGAGCUAUCCCGGCACGUCGUACAACUUCGCUGAGGCGUACCCCUACACCAGCGCGGCCGCCGCUGGUACGUGUUUGAAUAGUGUCCCGGGCAAGGGUAGCAACAGCUCGAUGCACCACCACCAACACCAGCAUCAGCAGCAACAGCAGCAGCAGCAGCAAAACGCUCCCGCGGCGCUGGCACAGCAACAGCUGGAGAAAGCUCUCCUGCCGCAGUUUCUGCCGUCCGUGCUGCGUGGCUACGCCAACGCAGCGGCAGCGAGCUACGUAGGACCUUACACCUACACACUGCCAGCUGCGAGCCUGCCGGCGGCAGCAGCGGCGGCGGCGGCAACGGCAGCUGGCGCAGCUUUCCCAGGUUUGCCCUAUCAGACGACACCUCAAGAAGCCAGGUUACAAUAGAACUACCAACAUGGGGAACAUGAAAGACGUAACGAUAAGAACCUUUACGUUUAUCGGAGCUAAUUUCAUCGUGGGAUUAAAAUAAGGAACACUGAGGCAGCAUGAGACAAUCGGUCCUCGAGAGUGGUCUUCGGUGAUUGGCUCCAGCAGCGUCCUCGUUGGGUACUCUCGAUGGGCCUUAUGUUCCUCUCUUUAACCGCAACGUGUCGCAAGUGUUUCCAAAUAUUCUCCGAAGGGUCGCGAGAAGAGAGGCGAGAAAGCCGGCAUUCAUAGUCAAAUCUUGUAUCUAAGAUCACCUCAAGUUCAUCUCUCGAAUGAUGUACGGGUCGUUUUAUUAGCCGCAAAGAUGACCCUUGAGGGUGACUCCAAAGCGAUCUUGAUUAUAAGAUUUGAGUAUGAAUGACCGGCCUGAAUUUCUUCAUACUCGGCGCGACCUGUGACUUCUCACGUUUAGUCUCUAACUUGUACACUUCCUUGCUCUUUUUUGCCUCCCCCCUCCCCCCUCGACUCUUCCUUUCCGCCCUUUAAUAAAUCCAAUCUUCCUCGCUUGUGUCGCUGAUUUUGUCUCGCUGAUGCCGAUGUUAGCUCAUUCGUUUCACGUGCACUUAAAAAAAAAAAGCAACAAUAACUGAGCCUGAGUUAUAAUUCUCUAAAAUUAGGAGGAGCGUGACGGGGUCUCCAUUUCGCUAAGAAAAGCGCACAUGCUGCGAAAAAUCGAAACUUUGUUUUCGCGAGAAAAGAGAAAAAUCUUGUCAAAGUGAGACAAUCUCUUCAAGCUCUCGGUAAUUCUUGAUUUCUCGCGUUUAGUUUCUAACUUGCACUCUCCCUCGCCUCCCCCCUCUUUCUAAUUAAUCUAAUCUCCCUCCCCAUCUUCUGUUGUUAAAGCGGUAUUAGCGAUAUUAACAUAACAACAUUUAAUCUACAUAUUUAAUCUACAAAUUAAGCAGUUAUUUUAAUUAUAUCUGUGCAACAUUUUUUCCAUGUGAACAUAUAUAAUGAUAAUAUACAUAGUAUUAUCAUUUUUCUUCUCGGGAUUUCUUUCAAAAUCACAGCGCAUGUUAAAACAACGUUCGAAAGCCUACGACUGAUCUCUUCGUGGCUCUUCAACAUGGCUUAAAGUACGCUAAUUUAUUUAUCCACUUUCGAUUCUCCGAGAUGUUUUGCAUGUUCCCGCUUAGAGAUUGUUUGAAUGUCAUUUGUAUCUUGUUGCUUUUUAAAUUCUCUCUUCUAUAGAAUCAUAUCAACCAAGCUCCAACAAUAGACGUCAAGUCGGUGGAAAAAAAGAAACAUAAAAUGUUCUUUUUCAAUUGAGCUCGUUGCGAUAUAUCUCAAGCGUCACUCUCGGCUGCGAGCUCUAACAGUGAAAGCGUCAGAUAUCAAACUACAAAACGUUAACUGCAAACAAUUCGAAAAUUUGUGCCUAAUAAGAAAAUUAGCAUGCAUGCAGCGAUUACCGAUGUCGAUCACGUCGAUUGGAAAGUGUGCCCAUAAAAUUGAGAAUAUUAAAUAUUCUUCUCUUCUCCUGUUCGCACUUUUCCUCUUCCCAAGAAAAAUUGAUCACAUGUGAUCAUAUAAUUGUAUAAAAUUACACAUGUAAAUUUUGACUCUAUAUGGCCACGAAUACAAUUAUCCAAUUACAAUUACAUAAUUACAAUUACGCAAUUAUACAAUUACAAUGAUUAUUGAUUGAUAUAGAAAAUGUCUUUGUGGAAAAUAUGCUGUUGAAUGAGAAAAAGAAAUGAUUUCGUUCAAUUAACACGUUUGUUGCCAGAAUUUAAUAAUGUUGGUAUAAAAAAAAAUGUUGCCGUCAUACAUAUGUUACGAUACUGGUCUCUUCUUGAAAGAUUGUUAUGUUGCACAUGUAUGACGCUGGUGGCGAAAAUGUUGAUCGUCGACAUGGUGGGUUACCACAAGAG